AUGUCAGCUCAUCUCACCCCCGUUGUCCGGAGUGACGGUCCGUAUGGCCAGAUUGUCUUAUUCGGUGAUUCCAUUACUGAGCACGCGUUUGGUGCCGGGUCCGGUUUCUCAUAUGGUGGAGCUAUGGCACAUGUCUUUAGGCGACGGCUGGAUGUCAUUAAUCGAGGUUUCGGGGGCUAUAAUACGGAACAUGGCCUUAUUGCCCUCCCAAUAUUUAUGCCGACACCGGCCCAGGCAAAGGUCGAGUUGCUGGUUAGUGGACCCAUUGACCUCGUUGAAGCUCAGCUCACGUCUUCGAAGAUUGUCUGCUUUGGCGCCAAUGAUUCCUGUCUUCCGCAUGACCCCACGGGUCAUCACGUACCAUUAGAAGCUUACUGUGAAAAUUUGACUGCCAUGAUAACUUGUGCCGAGGUGAAGGCCCAUUUGCCUCGUAUCCUUUUAGUCACACCACCCCCGAUUGACGAAUAUCAGCGGGUAUUGGCGGAUCAAAGCAAAGGAUAUUUUCAGAUACGCCGCACAGCCACGAAUACACGGAAAUAUGCCCAGGCAUGCAAGGAGACUGCUUCCAGGUUGAACGUGCCUACGGUGGAUAUAUGGACUUCAUUCCUCAAACACGCCGGCUGGGCGGAAGGCCUUGUUCUUCCGGGCAGCCGGGAUGUUACUCCCAAUGAAACUCUCCAAAAUCUCUUCUACGACGGUGGGCAUGUCAGAUAUGACUCUUGGUCCCUCACUGAUACCCUCAUAGGUCUUCACUUAUCACCUGAAGGAUACAAGUUGGUUUUCGACGAGGUGCUGAACGCUAUCAAAGCAAACUACCCUGACUUAGAUCCAGACAAGAUGGAGUAUGUCUUUCCUACCUGGGAGGAGGCUCCAAAACGGCAGGGAUGA